GGACGGGGUUUUCAGUGACCAGCACCUGGAUAACCUGGAGAGGAGCUGCAGCCCGGACCAGGAGGAACCAGGGCAUCCACAGACUACAGAACUGGAGGAAGACUCCAGCGGUCAGGAGAUGAAGCACGAGGACGUAGAGGUGGAUGUCUCAUUGGUCAAUGUCGCUGAUGUGAAAGUUGAAAAUGGUGAACCAGGACCAAACUGUGGCCAGCUGCUGUUGCACACUUCUCCUGAAGCUCAAAACAAAGAUGAGGAAGGGACUGAAAGUUUACGCUCAGACUCCAGUAAAACUGCAGAUCCGGAGCCAAUGAGACGACACGGUGACCACGAAGAUGCUGCUGUCCCGUCAGACAGCAACUGUAAAUCAAAGCUGACCAGGACCCACACGGGGAAGAAGGUAUUUUCUUGUAGAACCUGCAGGAAAGAGUUCAGUAAAAGUUGUAAUUUAAUGGAUCACAUGAAGAUCCACACUGGCGAAAGGCCGUACCUGUGCAACACCUGCGGAAAAACCUUUACUCAAUACUCAGUUCUUAAACGGCACAUAACCAUGCACACGGGCGAGAAGCUCUACGUCUGCAAAACAUGUGGAAAGAGUUACAUGCAACUUUCCACCUUGGUGGUUCACUCGAGGAUUCACACUGGAGAAAGGCCGUACCUGUGCAACACCUGCAGCAAAACCUUUACUAAUUCAUCACAUCUUAAACGCCACAUAACCACACACACGGGCGUGAAGCCCUACAUCUGCAAAACAUGUGGAAAAGGUUUCAUGCAACGUUCAAGCCUGGUGAUGCACUCGAGGAUCCACACCGGUGAAAGGCCGUACGUGUGCAACACGUGCAGCAAAACCUUUACUCUAUUAUCAACUCUUAACCGCCACAUAAACACGCACACGGGUGAGAAGCGAUAUUUGUGCAAGACGUGCAACAAAGGUUUUAGCCGCAGAAUUGGUUUGCUGAGUCACAUGAAAAUUCACCCGGAGGAGAAGUCUGGUGACCUGUGCAACACCUGCGGAAAAUCGUUUAGAAAAUCAUCAAUGUUCAAGAAGCAUAAAAUGAUCCACAUGGGUGAGAAGCUCUACGUCUGCAAAACAUGUGGAAAAAGUUACAGGCAAAAUUCCAGCCUGGUGGUUCACUCGAGAAUCCACACUGGUGAAAAGCCGUACCUGUGCAACACCUGCGGAAAAACCUUUACUCAAUCAUCAAUUCUUAAACGCCACAUGACCACGCACACGGGCGAGAAGCCCUACAUCUGCAAAACAUGUGGAAAAGGUUUCACGCAACGUUCCUGCCUGGUGAUUCACUCGAGGAUCCACACCGGUGAAAGGCCGUACCUGUGCAACACCUGCAGCAAAACCUUUACUACAUUAUCGGAUCUUAAACGCCACAUAGACACGCACACGGGUGAGAAGCGAUAUUUGUGCGAGACGUGCAACAAAGGUUUUAGCCGCAGAAGUAUAUUGCUGAAUCACAUGAAGAUCCACACUGGCGAAAGGCCGUACCUGUGCAACACCUGCGGCAAAACCUUUACUACAUUAUCAAAUCUUAAACAGCACAUAACCACACACACGGGCGAGAAGCCCUACAUUUGCACAACAUGUGGAAAAAGUUACAGGCUACGUUCAACCCUGGUGAUUCACUCGAGGACCCACACCGGCGAAAAGCCGUACCUGUGCAGCACCUGCGGCAAAAGCUUUAUUAAAUCAUCAGAUCUUAAACGCCACAUAACCACGCACACAGGAGAGAAGCCCUACAUCUGCAAAAUAUGUGGAAUAAGUUACAGGCUACGUGGCCACCUGGUGGUUCACUCGAGGACCCACACUGGCGAAAAGCCGUACCUGUGCAACACUUGCGGAAAAACCUUUACUCAAUCAUCACUUCUUAAAAGCCACAUAACCACGCACACAGGAGAGAAGCCCUACAUCUGCAAAAUAUGUGGAAUAAGUUACAGGCGACGUGGCCACCUGGUGAUUCACUCGAGGACCCACACCGGCGAAAAGCCGUACCUGUGCAAUACUUGCGGAAAAACCUUUACUCAAUCAUCACUUCUUAAACGCCACAUAACCACACACACGGGCGAGAAGUCCUACAUCUGCAAAACAUGUGGAAAAAGUUACAGGCUACGUUCCACCCUGGUGAUUCACUCGAGGACCCACACUGGUGAAAAGCCAUACCUGUGCAACACAUGUGGAAAGAGUUACACGCAAAAUUCCAAACUGGUGAUUCACUCGAGGACCCACACCGGUGAAAGGCCGUACCCGUGCAACACCUGCAGCAAAACCUUUACUAAUUUAUGGGAUCUUAGACGCCACAUAACCACGCACACGGGUGAGAAGCCCUACAUCUGCAAAACUUGUGGAAAGAGUUACAGGCAAGAUUCCCACCUGCUGGUUCACUCGAGGAUCCACACCGGCGAAAGGCGGUACCUGUGUAACAUCUGCGGAAAAUCGAUAUCCACGCUGGACAAAUCUAGAGCUCAUCUCUGA